CGCACUCUCUCACUUCCCAUUUUUUGUUCCUCUCUCUCUCUCUCUGUCUCUGGAUCUUCAUUUUUAAUCGGAGAUUUCCAUUUUUUAUCGCCGGAAAUUAAUUUACAGAGAUCAAAAGAACGCCGGAGAUAAUUUUCCGCCUGACAUGGAAGAAAAAUGGAAGCUUUCAAAGAAGGAAUCGGGUUGUUCUUCUUCGUCCAAGUCUUUCUUCUCCAGAAGCGGUUCCACCAGAAGCACUUCCUCGAAACUACCAUUGCUAAGAAGCUUAUCACAAAAGCACACUCCUUCCUCCUCCGCCGCCGCCGCGACGGCCGCCACCUCUGGCAAAUCCCCUUCCGAUCUCCGCCGCAGCUCCUCCCAAAAAAACUCCUCCUCUUCAUCCAUUGGCCACAAAUGUAGCAGCUUGGCUAAAGAGCAAAAGGCUAGAUUUUACAUCAUGCGCCGAUGUGUCGCUAUGCUUGUUUGUUGGCAUAAACAUGGCGAUCCAUGAAGCUCCAUUAAGCAUUUUAGCCUUCGUGGAUCUUAAGGUUGUUUUUUUUUUUUUUUUUUUU